AUGUUAGUAAUCCUGCUUCUACUUCUACUUGCUUGGAACAGUCACCCAUACAAAAUCCUCGUUGUCAAUCCCAAAAUCGCAUAUAGUCAUAUGAAUUUCAUGGGUAGGAUAGCUGACAUUCUUGUGGAAGCGGGCCAUGAUGUGCCGGUGCUCUCAGAGUAUGUAGACAAUGGAACAAUGAAGUCUUAUCUAAUUCAAAGGGACGUUGAUGAUCGCUUGAAAGCAGAAAUUUCAAAUCUGAAGGGGAAUCCAGAGGUCCACAAGGGCAUAUAUACUGGCAGCAUGCGCCCCAGCGACGUGAUCAAAAUGCUUCCUCCAUGGGCACGGUGGAUAGAGGGGUCAGUGACAACUCUUCUGAAGGAUAAGGAGUUGAUGGAAUUCCUCAAAGCUGAGAACUUUGAUGUAGGCAUAGCAGAACUUUUUGAUUUUAUUGGCAUAGCUGUGUUUGAGGCCAUAAACCUUAAAAACAUUAUUGGUACUCAUUCGUAUGCUUCUUUGGUGGAAGGUACAGCAUAUGCCAUUGGUGUACCGGUUAUUCCCAGCUUUAUACCAGCCACACAAGGAGUUACCGAUGACUCAGCAUCGUUUUCAACUCGGGCGACCAAUCUUAUGUUUACCUUCUAUUGCUGGUACUACCAAAAAGGGCUUGCGAAUGCGGCGGAAUCUGCAAUGGUGAAGGAAUUGGGAAAAUCUGCAACACCUAUUUGGGAUUCUGUUUCGAAUAUGUCGUACAUAUUGACCAAUAGCAUUCCUUAUUUGGAUUUUGCAAAACCCUCUCUCCAUAACAUUGUCGAAAUAGGCGGUAUAGGCGUAAAAGAACCUAGAGCGCUGGGAAAGGAAUGGGAUCGAAUGCUUGGUUUACGCUCACAGACUGUGCUAAUCUCUUUUGGAACUUUGGCAAAUAGCAGCUGUAUGCCAGAUCAAAUAAAGAAAGCCAUUGUCAAAGUCGCCAAAUCAUUCUCCGGUGUCACAUUCAUUUGGAAAUAUGAAGAUCCUGAUAAUGCACAAUUCGCAUCUGACGUUGAGAACUUGUUCUUAACAAAGUGGACACCUCAAAGUGACCUACUGGCUGACGAUCGCCUGUCGUUAUUUGUGACUCACGGAGGAGCUGGUAGUUUGACGGAAAGCGCUUAUCUCGGCACACCUCUCGUUGUGGUGCCCCUCUUUGCUGAUCAGCUUAGGAAUGCUAUGUUGGCUGUGAAAUUUGGAUUUGGAUUGAUGCUGGAUAAGGAGAAGCUGUACGACAGCAAGGCUUUGGGCGGAGCAAUCGGCGAGGUUCUCAGGGAGCCAAAGUACCGAAGAGCCGCUCACCGCGUUCGAGGCAUUUUGGCAAAGCAACCCCUGCCUAGGGAGAAAUUGAUCAGGACUGUCGAAUUAGCUGCCGAGUUUGGUCCAAUGCCGGAGCUGAGACUGACCGGUCGUAAUCUCGGAGUCAUUGCCUAUUACAAUCUAGACAUCUUUCUGUUGUUAAUAGUUUUGCUCACACUUAUUACCGGUCUCGUGGCGUAUAUCUUACGGAGGCUCAUUUCUAUGUUAGGUACAGUUCAUGCAGUCAAAUCCAAAGCGCAGUGAUCUUUCAAGUUUGUAAGAGCGGAAAAGUAGCAGGA